AAAUCUUCUAAAAUUGAUAUCAUUUGCUGUUUUCUGUAAAUCUUUCUGUUUUUGUAACUCAUAUCUUCAAUGAUACAUAUGGAAUCCGUUCAUGGUUUCAAACAGUCGAAUAAAAAUCAAGGAAUUCUUAUUUCACCUGGUUCUGUUUCAUCUUAGGAAGGUUACAACGAGGUUAGAUCCAAACAUCGUAACGAUCCAGCAGUGAUGGAUAAGCUAUGUGAGAAAUUGAAGUCGAAAACUCCAGUCAAACAUGCACCCAAAGAACUAGACAACAAGAUUGAAGGGGUUACAACACGCCCUGAUUCUGAUACAUAUCGUUUAUGUAUCAGCUUAUCAUGUAUCAAGUGCUAACUCUUUUGAUACAUAGUGUUUUUUUAAAUGCCAUUUUUUUGGAGAUUUACUACUUCUGAUACACCGUGUUUAAGUGUCAGUUUCUAUUGUAUCAAGUUUUAAUGAUUCUAAUACAUCUACAUUUAUAUAUCAGAUUAUAAUUUAUAAAGCCUUAUUGCUUCUGAUACAUCUUCUGUAUGUAUCAAAAUCUCAUGUAUCAAAUAUUUUAAUGCAUAUGAUACAUCGUAUUUAUGUAUAAAGUUCAAGUUGUAUUUAACCAUUUUUUAUGUCAAUGCAGGAAAUGAAAAUACGUCAUCAAGAACAUCCCAUCCCACCCAUUAAGAUUCGGUACGGCAUAUAGGGCUAAUUUUCUUGAUGAUUUUGAAUCAUCAAUAGGUGAAGAAGGUAUAAAGUUAUUUAGGCAAUCCAUAUUUGGUCACUACUUAGAUAUGCCAAACUGCAAUUUUUAAGGACAAAUCAUCAAAUGCCUCUUACUACUUAAGGUAGAGCAAAAAAAACAAAGAAGAAUUGCAUAUUCGUCACGUGCAGGGUAAUAUACUCCGAUUUAUAAUAAAGGAUUUUGCCAUCAUUACUGGUUUGCGAUGUACCGGUAAUAUUAAUGACUUUCGAUACUCUGAUGACCCAACAAGUAGAUUAUUGUCUAUAUAUUUUCCUGGUACAAAAAAUGGGGUCAACAAAGUUCAUUUCGUUGAGCAUUUUCUGGUAGGAGGAUGGAAAACAAAUGAAGACGCUUUUCAGAUGGUCAUUCUCUACUUCAUCCAUACUUUUGUUUUUUCUCAACUAGGUGAUGCACCUAUAUCUGUUGAUGAUUUUAAGAUGGUAUAAGAUGGUAGGUAUGAGCAAUACUCAUGGGGGAAAAUAACAUUUUUCAAAUUGAUAAAAGGAAUGAGGCAGGAGUUUUCAAAUGCCAAACAAAUAUAUCAUCUAGGCGGCAUGUCAUACGCUCUGAAUGCAUGGAUAUAUGAAUGUGCAUCUCAAGUGCCCUCUGAAAUUGUUGUAAGAGUGGGUAAUAAAAUUCUUAGAAUUCUUAACUGGCGUGUUGUUGCUGUGAAGCCAAAAUUUGAGACCUUCAUGUCUACCAUCUUCAGUAAGUAUCGAUGCUCCAACAUUGUGCUAUCUCAACAUGAAAUAAAAUCUAUUAUCAUUCAUGGCAGCCAACAUCAAUCUGAAGUUUCUACAUCAGCUGCCAAGGUCAAUUUCAAAAAACCUCAUGAAGUCCCUGAAUUUGAGGACUUUUCAACAACACCACCCACAGAAUUAUUAAAAAGAUCCAGUCAUGUUGCUAAUACAUCUUUUCCACCUCCUUUCAAAAUAAUGAAGACUACCCCUACUAAAGAGCCAAUUUAUGUAGAAACAGCCAACAUGCAUAAGGAUGUCAUACCACCAAAUGAAUAAGAAAAGUCUGUUUCUCCUAAAAAUGUACCAGCGGCGAAGUCAGUGGUAGGAGGUGAAUCUUCCGAUCAUUCGGAGCAAAAUAUUCAUAUGCAAUUCAAAGUUGAGAAAACAUUUGGGCUCCAUGGGUGGAAGGACCCAUGGAUGAAAACCCACAUACCUUAGAGAGGAACUUUAAGAAGAAUUGGAGAAGUCUUGAUGUUAGGUCUUCAAUAAGGAACCUUGAAUCCUUUGAGUUUGAGAGAAGAAUUGGAGGGGAUGAUUUGAGAGAGAGAUGAGGAUGAAGUUUAGGGUUUUGGGGAGGUGAAAGUCUGAAAAUAAUGACCCAAAACGCGUCCAAGUUCGUAUAUAUGUUAUUACGUAACUUUCCCAAGAUGCCCCUACCCAAGUCUGGAAACUAGACAAGUCCAUGACAGGUCCACUAUGCGGACUUGUCACACACCUCUGUGGUCGACAAAAAAACAAAAUCUGGAAAAACUGGGCAAGUUCGCGAUAGGUCCGCGACUCAGACUUGUCGCGCACCCUUCUGGUAGACUAAGCAUAACUUUUUCUCUGAACUCCAAAAACUGCAAUUUUGGUGGCGUUGGAAAGAAGACUCAAAGACCUUUAAUUUGAUAGCUUAUGGGCAAUCUAAUUCAUUAUAUUCUAAGAGAUAUUGUUGUUUGAAGUUGACCAUUAUACGAACUCAUACAAAAACUUAGCCGAUAGAAAUUCUUUGGACUCGGCUUCAUUUUAGAGAUCUCUUGUGACCCUAAACCACAUCUAAUACUCUUCAAAUACUUAGGAAUUGAUCCUAACUUAUAUAUUCAAUUAAAAGUCAAUGAUUUCUAUCCUAUACGCAUAUGAAGAAUGAUCGGGUCUUGGUGUAGAAAUACUUGGGGUGUUACAAUCUUUUUGUUCAAUUGAUUUUUCACUUCGUUCUUCUA